AUGGCGCGCAGUGACCCUCUGGCGCCGACCGACGGUCGCCCCAACACUCCAACCGCUGUUCCUGCUGCGCAGCCGGAGGGCUCAUCGAGCAAACCUUCGUCUUCUGGGGGAGAAUCGGAAUCGCGACACUCUGCUGAGGCUCCCGUGAGUGCUCGUGAAUCGACGCACGAGGGCCGCACGCCGUCUACGGACGCUUCAGCUGAGGAAACGUCCAUGCCGGCUCUCCGCUGUAUGGUUUCUCCCGCACAGGCCACUUGCUCGUCUGACCAUCCGCAUGUCGCUUCCUUCGAAGUGUCGCCUCUCACCUCCCCCCCCACGGACGCCCCUCCCUCUUCGGAACGCUCUUCUUGCCCCUCUCCUCCUCUCUCGGCUUCCAUCGCCCGUUCCUCGAUGAUGCCGACAUGCAGGGCUAACACACAACUGCCCACCGAUCAUAUGCGCCUACGCCGCGAAGCGCGCGAAGCGCCAGCGCAGCACAUUCUUUCUGUAGACGUUUCAGACAGGCGACUGCACUCCUCAGAAGGCAUUCCUCUCCCCACUGGCCCUCUCCAAUCCCAGAACCCCCACUAUGGCUCUACCCCUGGAGACCUAGGUGGACAGUCUCCUGCAGAAGGGCAGACCUCUGCGUCCUGUCGCCCCCUCUCGGAGGUUGUCUUUGCGCUCGACAACCUCCGUGUGAGCCUUCCGCGGGAGUUGCUGAGUUCAGAACGUCUGAAGCAUUCGUUCCUUGCCCGCCUGGUAGAGGCGAAUGAGCGCGAGACUCCCCAAGCGGGGCAGCGCUCCCUCGAGCCUCGUCGUACAGACAGUGGCGCCAUCGUGUUGGAGCCGCGGGUGGCAGAGGGGUUCGCUGCCCUCGUGAGUCACCUCAGGGGCGACAGGCCCCUUCAUCUCAAUGGACCAGCCUUCGUGCUGCAGUCUCUCCUGCAGCUACUAGCCGACAGCGCUUACUGGUGCAUAUCCCCUGGCCCUAUCUACUUGCCUCUUUUUUUUUGGUGCUCGGAUGCUUGGGUAGAUGAAUUCACCGGAGUUUAUCCCAUUCACCCGUGUGAGCGGAAAGCAUUGUGGCCUGUUCCCUGGAACGAGAAAAAGAGUUCCAGCCUCGUGAGGCUACGGCAGCUUCUGGCUCCUCCUGAUUCCUUAAGGGCCUAUUUAGAAGAAGAUGACGAAGUCGACGUCACGCCACCAGGGGUCGCUAUGAGUUCCCCACAGGCUCACACGACGGCCUCCGUAGCGCCCGUACAGCAGGCUUCCCUGGAGCAUCCCCCAAGCUCCCAGGAUGAAUCCAUGGAAUCUUUCGGCUGGCAGCAGCAUCUGCGAUGGUGGCAAGAGGAGGGGUCCAGCGGCGAGCCCGCUUCUGAGCUCGAUGCAACUUCUCUCGUGAGGGGUGCUCAGGCAGGGGCAGCGGCAGUAGCGGCUGCUGCUGCAGCCGCUGCUGCUGCAGCCGCUACUGCUGCCUCAAAGCGCUGGAUAGCCGCAGCAGGAAAAGUAGCUGGCCUUUCUGCUUCUUUAAGGGCAUCCCUAAGCCACGCAAGCGGCGCGACCCUGCAGCCGCCGACUGGCAUGGAUGCUACUCAAGAGGUUGCCGCCGCCUCCUGCCCAACGCAGGGGCAGCAACAGCGUAGCGGUUCCCGUAAAGCAUCGCACAAAAUGGUCGGGCAGCCACCGCAGAGGCAGCAGUCCCAGCCAGACACCCACCAGGGGCCGGAACAAACGGCAGUGCGCUCGUCUUCUGAGAAGUCUGGAAGCCCCUCACGUCGCGUAUCUGUGGCUCUCCGGAGCACGACGGAGGCGCCUACUGACGCGCAUGCAUCUUCAGCCGGUGGUGUACAUGGUGCCAUGCCACAAAGGGAGCAAGAGGAGUCUGGCCGGUCUGCGCAAGGGCCUCCAGCUUCUCUGUGUGCCAGAGAGUACUUCAGCUGUCCGCCAUUUCACCUGGCCCUAGAUAGGCGGGAAGGGCGAUUGCUUGUAGGUGUGGACGGAUGCCGGUAUCCGUUUGUGCAGUUUGGCACCGAGUUCAAGGAUCUGGUUCUUAGCGCGCCUACCGCGUUUCGGGUAGAUGAGUUGCAAUGGCUGUUGAUGCUCAAUGCGUCUCGAUACCUGGAUAUACACCUGAGCGGCGUGCCUUGGACGUCGGCACAGAAAGAACGAUGGGUCAAUUCUCUGAGGCACUAUGAAUCAGACAGCUCGGAGGCAGACGCGCCAGCGACACUAGAUUCUCCGCUUGCCAGCUGCACCUCGAGUGCUGCUGCUCGCGUCCUGCUGCCCCCGAACUGGCCUCAUAGGAGGGGCUCUCUCUCUCUUAGUGCAGACGCCGAUGAUAGGGGCCUCGCUCGUGAAGGGGGAGUGGCGGCUGCAGCUUCUAUUGCUGCCGCAUCUCCUUCUGUUGAUAGCCCGUUUCGUGCUCCUUUGUUGGAGUCGAUUCGGGCAGCUACUGGUGUGCACCCGGACGACAUCGACACAGCAGCAGCAGCAGCAGCAGCGGCGAUGGGGAGACGCCUCAAGAACCAGCGACACCUCCAGCAGCAGCAAGCCCGUGUGCCCCCUCAUCGAAUUCUCCGCUGCCGAUUUUGCAGCUGCAGCAACUUUAGGGGAGUCCACAUGGUGUGCGUUCACCCUUACGGCCACGUUAUCGUCCCGUCCUGGCCCCUUACCACCAUCAUGCCUGGCGCAUCUGCCUUCCAGUCUCCGAUCGUGGCUGUUUCUUCGGGGCUCUUUACACGCGCGGUGAAGGAGGUGCAGUUCUACCCAUGGGGCUUGUUCGCUCUGUUUUCUGACGCUCCUGUAUCGCGAGUGUUCACGCCUUCGGGCUCUCCCCAUGGCUUUAGUUUGGUAAUCGGCAAGGCAAUGGUCUUUGGACAGACCCCGCGCGAUAUUGCGGAGAAGAGAGUUCAAGUGUACAUACACGAGCCGCAGCAGCCUUAUGUGCACCCCAGAAAACCCCCAGACCUCUUAGAUAUUCAUCAUGUCCUCAAGGUUUGUCCCUAUAUCUUGCCGUCCGAAAUAGCCUCCUAUAAACAACAGCAUAACGUCACCUCUGAUCAGAUCCCCAUGAGGGAGUACCAUCGCAUGCUUCGCCUCGCUGUCUCGGUUUGCGGAAAGCUCCUGGCCGUCAUUUCUGAAGGUGACUUCACCCUGGGCAUCAGCCGCAACUUCUGUAAGCAGCCUGGACCCCUUGUGCAUACAGCAGAUAUCACCAGCCCCACAGAGGAUAUUGUAUCCUCCGGCUUCCCAACCCCUAAAGAUAACCUUUUCUCCUCUCAAAUCAUCGGAUUUUUCGAGGUCAAGACCGGCAAAUACUUCAAAUGCCCUGUUGGUCAUGGCUACUGGAUCCUCGGGGAAUAA